AUGGGGGAAUCUAGUAACUUGGGCAGAAGUUGUAGACUUUCAGAAAUGGGUACAUGUCUGAUUGAGCUCCCUCAACAAGGCCAAAAGUACAUUUGGAAUUAUAGAAGUGGUGAUCAUAGAAUAUUCUCCAAAAUAGACUGGAUGUUUAUUAAUGAAGUUUGGCUAAAUACUAUGCAUGCAUGUGGGACAGCUUUCCUACCUGAAGGCACCAGUGAUCAUUGCCCAGCUAAGGAGAUGCUAAAAAAGAUAAACUUUAGAAGGAUGGUCAGGGAUCUAUGGGAUGCACAAAUUGAUGGCUGCAGAAUGUAUCAAGUAGUACAGAAAUUAAAACAGUUAAAAAGGAAGUUGAAAGAGUUAAAUAAGCAACAGUUCUGUAACAUCGUCAAGGAAGCAGAUGAUGAUAAAGAGGAUGAGAAGACUAAAUUCCAAAAAUUCAAGAAAUCUUCUUUAUUAACAGAGAUGUUCUUGCAACAAAAGAUUAAAACUACUUGGAUAAGGCUUGGAGAAGAUAACACUAAGUAUUUUUUCUCAGUUAUAAAACAUAGGAAGUUGCAACAGGCAAUCACUCAGAUGAAGGACCAGCAUGGGAACUGGCAGACUGACCAAGAAGCUAUUGCUAAUAUCUUUGUGGAGCACUAUACUGACCUACUAGGAAGGAAACAGUCUGAUAGAUUAAAAACUUUCAAAGGCAUUCUCAAUAAUGGGCCAACCUUAUCAGUAAAACAACAAGUUAUCUAA